GGUGAUUCUUCCUAUUAACAUGGUGGAACUUCUUUGUUUACAAAAAGUGAAAAUCUCUUGUAUUUCCAAUUAAUUAAAUUACAGCAAAAAUGCCUAAUUAUAUAGUAAUAAGAGAAUACCAGCAGUCUGAUAAACUUGGUGUCGGUGAGGCAGUUCAGAGCGCCUAUACAUCAAAUGUUAAUAAAUCAUUCAUCAAUGCCUUAUCCAGAGAAAUUACCUUCCAAUUGAUUGUGAUGUGUGCAGCAAUGUUCUUCAUAUUUAUUGGCAUUCCAAUAACUUAUUGUUUAUCUGCUAUUCCCAUUGUUUUGAUCACUGUUUACAUGUGCAUUUACCUAUCACAUUUCAUGAAAUCCAGUGAGCUUAUGCACAAGAGACCAGUGAAAUGCUGGGUUGCAGAGGCUUGCUACAACUGCAUUACGGAUGCAGACCCAAAGCAGAUUUAUUUUUCAGUUGUCAGUGAAAAUGAGUCAAAGAGACUGGAAUUGGGGAAAGCCUUCAGAAAAAUAAUUGGCACAGUUUCUGUUACUAACUUUAUCUAUUUGGAUGAUACUGCUUGGUUAUACAGGUUUGCUGUUGAAAAGGGGUACAGACAUAAAGGUGUCGGUCAUGCUCUGGUUGAGACUGCAAAGACAUGGAGCAGAGCUAAUCAUUACUCUAGAAUAUUUCUUGUGGUUUCUGAAUGCCAGGACACAGCAAGGCAAAUCUUUCUUAAUGCUGGCUUCCAAAUGAAGCAAAUGUACCAUAAGCAUAUUGUAGGUAGCAUCAUUAGUUUGCUCAUGUACCAAUUGGAGUGUGAUCUUGUUAAGCCAAACUGUUAGGAGUCCAUUAGGGCCUUAAUAAUGUGCCUUUUUUUAUAUACAAUGUUGAAAACAAUAAAAUGACAAUAAAUCUUAAUAUUUUUAUACAUACAAAUAUUUA